UUAUUACAGGAUCAAAUCCUUCAAGUUUCCAACACCGACUCGCAUGGCGCUGAUAGGGUCGCCGCUUCAGUGGUUGUCGGCUAUUCUUAACUUUAUCCUUUGUCCCAUUUUAAGAUACACCAGACUUCAGACUUCUUCAGUAUUCAACCAGGAACAUGCGUAUUACCUUAUUAAUACUUAUAAGCCAACAUUCACUAUUAUGAGUCCACCGUUCAUGAUCACCCUGAUCAAACCUGAAGACCGGGACCGGUGUGAUUUCACUUGCCUUGAAAUUUUGUUACUGGGUGGCAGUGCUGCACCUGUUGAUCUUAUUAAAGAAUUGAAGAAUAUAACUCCAAAUACAGAAAUAUCUGAUGUCUUUGGAAUGACAGAAAUGAGCAGCAUUAGUUUCUGUAAUGAAGGCGCGCCUCCAGGUUCUUGUGGUAAACCUUUAGGAUGCUUUCAAUAUCGGCUAAUAGACGUGGGUACUGGGAAAGACAUAAACGUACCAAAACAACCUGGAGAGUUAUGGGUUAAAGGACCGUGUUUGUUUAAGGGUUACUAUCACAAUCCCAAAGCCACCGAAGAUACAUUUGCCGAAGACCAUUGGUUAAAAACUGGCGACAUGUUAUUUAGGGAUGAGAACUGGAACUUCUAUUUUGUGGAAAGGAUCAAAUUGCUGUUGAAGUAUAAGAAUUACCACAUAUCCCCAGUAGAAAUAGAAAGCGUAAUCAGAUUACAUCCAGGAAUAUUAGAUGUGGCUUUAACAGGAAUACCAGACCCUGAAAGUGGAGACUUGGCGGUUGCUUGUGUUGUACGUCAGAGUGGCAGCGGGGUUACAGCACAAGAUAUUAAGGAUUUAGUUAAAGGUUAG